GUCCACUUUGAACUUACCCGAUCGCAUAGCCUACAGGCAGCGCCUGAGUUUUCAGCCCACGUUUCUUAGUACUUGUCUUCCUUCCCCUCUCUCUCCCGGGUUGUCGAUUGUCGAUUGUCGAUCUAUCUAGCCGCUACUUCGAUCGUACCAUACCACGCGCGCACGCACGCAUACUUCAAGAUGUUGGGUCGUCUCAGUCAUUACGCUUUUGAUGCGGUACUCAUCUCCGCCUUUCUGGCCGGCAUCAAGCGGUCGACUGGAUUAACCCCCAGUCUCGAAACCGACAAAAUCACCGAUAAUAAGGACUUCAAGCAUUGGAUCGACAAAUACCUCGGCGUCGGCGAGUGGGUGAUGGACCAGUCCGUGGCGGUCCUCGGGUCGACCAGCUGGUUUGAGCGGAGACGGUAGAGGGUUG